AUGGCCGACAGACACCAUCACCACGCCCGCCGGGCGCCUACCUCCGACACCCUGGACGCCUCCGAACUCACGCAUGCCUUCGAACAACUCAUGCGCAAUAAGCGAUUCAACCGUCUUCAGGAACACUCCCGGUCGCGGUCUCGAACGCAAUCCCCGUCUCCUGCCUAUCCCAUGUCGCCCGGACAGUUCCCACCUCCUCCCUCGCGAGCACCGCCGCCGCCGCCGACCGCAAGCCAACAACCGUCGUCUCCGUCGACGCCGUCCUGUCAAUCUCCUGCAUUACGCGGACUUCCCAUCGUUCCCGCACCUCCGCAAGACCCGUCCUCGUUGAAAUUCCGCAACCUCCUUCAUGUGCUGUCGGUCACACCCACCAAAUACGAGAACCCGGGCCUUCUCGAUGAAGCCCUCGCUCACAUCCCCCUGGAUCGACUGUACUCGGAAGCGGAAGAAGAGAGCCAGAUCAUGCAGGCCCAGGCCGCCAGCGUCCGUGGGACUCCCGAAUGGGGGUACCAGGAUUGCGUGAUUCGGGCCUUGUUAAGGUUGGUUGACUAUUCUCCAAUGGGUCCCCUAGCAACGCGUCGGGGUCGGGUGGGCGAAUGGGCCAACUGCUUCAGCAUGUUCUGCCGAGCCCUGGGUGGCCGUGUGCGAUGGGUGUGGAAUUCGGAGGAUUAUGUGUGGACGGAGGUUUACUCGGAACACCAGAGGCGGUGGGUGCACGUCGACGCCUGUGAGGGCGCAUGGGACCAGCCCCGUCUCUACACAGAAGGCUGGGGUCGCAAACUCUCGUACUGCAUUGCAUUUUCGAUUGACGGAGCCACCGAUGUGACACGCCGCUACGUCCGCAGCCCGAUCAAGCAUGGAGCGCCUCGGAACCGCGCCUCGGAGGAGGUUGUCCAUUGGGUCAUCCUGGAGAUCCGGAGAAAGCGACGGGAAAACCUAUCCAAGUCAGACCAAAAGCGACUGAUGAAGGAGGACGAGCGAGAGGAGAAGGAACUUCGCAAAUACACGGCCUCUGCUCUUGCCGCCGAGCUCAACAACCUGUUCAAUGGCACCUCAAGCGCUGGUCGACCGGACGAGGUGAAGACCCCGGCUUCUCGAGAGGAGGCUGCUGCCGAAUGGCUGAGUGCGCGGCAAAGGAGUUCCGGGCAAUCUGGACCGGAUCGAUCGCAAGACGGCCGGUAG